CAGACCAACCAACUAACCGUGUAGCAGCCAUGGAUUAUGGGGAAAUUGACUUCAACAUCACUGAUCCGGACUACGUGGUCCCGGACUACGGGGACAGUGACACUCUGGGCCCUCGGAUCCAGCCGCUCCAGGUGGCGGCCCUGUUCUUCUACAGCCUGGUGGUGCUCUUGGGGGUCCCUGGGAACGCGGUGGUGGUGUGGGUGACGGGGUUCUGCAUGCCGCGCUCCGUCACCUCGCUGUGGUUCCUGAACCUGGCGCUGGCCGACCUGCUGUGCUGCCUGUCUGUCCCCCUGCUGAUGGUCCCUCUGGCCCACGACGACCACUGGCACUUCGGGCCCCUGGCCUGCACGCUGAGCAAGGGCCUCUUCUACCUGGUGAUGCACUGCAGCAUCCUGCAGCUGGUGGUGAUCAGCGUGGACCGCUGGCUGCUGGUCAGCAGACCCGUGUGGUGCCAGAACCACCGGCGGCCCCGGCAGGGGGCCCUGCUGUGUGUGGGGGUCUGGGGCCUCGCUCUGGUGGUCAGCAUCCCCAUGUUCCUGUACACCCAGGAGAGAGGGGCCGGGGAGGAGAAGAGGGAGUGUCCCACCAGCUACUCCCCCCUCCUCACCUCCUACCGCUUCCUGGUGGGCUUCUUCUUCCCCUUCCUGGUCAUCGUGGCAGCCCACUGCGUGGUGUACCGCAAGGCGGAGAGCGGGUUGUCCGGAGGGUCCCGGGGCCGCUCCAGACGCACCCUGAGGGUCAUCGUGGCCGUGGUGCUCAGCUUCUUCUUCUGCUGGCUGCCUCUGCACACCGUGGACUUCCUGAGCUUGGGGGUCCCGCGGAGCUCCCCCCACAGCCCCAAACUCUACCUGGCCCACGUCCUUGCUCUCUGCUUGGCGUAUUUCAACAGCUGCCUCAACCCGCUGCUCUACGUCUGUCUGGGCCGCGGCUUCAAAGACAGCAUGAACCGCUCGCUGAGGAAUAUCCUGCACUUCAUCAGCGAGGAUCCUUCGAUGAAGCCGGAGGAACCGGAGAGAAGCCGCGCUGACAACGGGAGAACAUGCAAACUCCAAACAGAAGAGCCGAAAGCCGGAUCCAUUGCUCUAGCUCUGAGGCCAAAGUGCUAACACACACUAGCUUAUAUAGUCGCUAAAGACUCUAAAUAUAUGAGGCUCCAAGGACACAGUGUGUAUUCACACUACAGGACUAAAGUCUGGAGGCAACAUUCUGUUCUCAAUGUCUUUGUUAAAAACCAGUGUGUAUUCUCUGUAUUUCUGGAUGUGUUUACUAUAUGAUCAGACUUUACCUUUAUUGAAUUGAACCAUUUUCCUCCAUUGACCUUUAGGUAAACAUUGAUGUUAUCAGACCAUCGGUGAAUAAAUGUUACCAAAAGAAAAGAAGGGCUUAGUUUUAGGGUUGAGGAGAUUCGGAAGAGUCACAACUUCAGUUCAAAAGUCAAAAGCAAAGUUUGCAUUAUUCACUUUAUCUCUUUGUCUUUUGAGAGUUUGGAGACAAAAAUCCCAAUACAUCUCAACUGUGUUCAUAUCUCUGACAAAAGAAACGAGUUCAGAUUUAUACAUUAAGGAAAGAAGGAAACACAAAAUCUAAGCAAUAGAAACCCAAAGACCUGAUAAUUAGAGUCAAAUGUGUUCUAAUAAGUGACUCUUUAUAUAAUAAUCAUGUUUAUUUUGUUGCAAAGUAUAGCAAUGAAACUAUGAUCUUUUUAGUACAAAUCUGAUCUUGCUUCCAGAUGUUUGUCCCGUAGUGUUCAUACAGAAAUGUUUAUCCUGGGACUCGUUGUUUUAGUGUCUUAGAGACAGUAAAGUUGUCAUAUUAAGGACAAUAUUAUAUUAAGGUUGUCAUAUUAAAGUCAGUCCAGUGAAAAGCUCCACAUCACAUCACAUCAACACUCAUCCUCAUUUUGUACAAUUCAUCAUGUUAAUUUAUAUUGUUUUAUAUGAAUCUUUCUGUGCUUGGGCAAUUUAAGAAUAAACAGACCAAUAAAAUGUGUUAAAGCACCAAAAUUAAGAGCAAACUUGCCUUUAUUUACAAACUACAUUCAUUUCAAACAAGGCCACAUGAUGGUAUAUACAGAAACAUACAUAUUUACAAAGUGUCCAAGUCUGAUUCUCUAUGUUUCAAUGAAACUUAAACAAACUGAACAUGCUGAACCCUCCUGCUGCUGCUCACAGUCUACACACUGGAAAAAAGGUGUUUAAAAACCAGAUAAAACAGUAAAUCUGAGGGAAAUGAUCUUUCAGAUAAUUUACCUUGACAAGAUUUCUUAAAUUAAGAUUAUUAAAUCUAGAAAUAAGCAUGUUGAACACUUAAAAUAAGAAAUUAACUCUUAAAACCAGAUAAAUGAUCUAACACUUCUAAAUCUAAAGUUUUUUUAUCUUGGUAAGAACCAAAUAAUCAUCAGGUCACUCUGCUCGGGCCAGUUCAUCGCUGCUGGCAGCUUUAAUUUAUC